CAGGUGACAACAGCAAAUAGGCUGCAACUGGCGCAAUGCACUGCAUUUAGAGCUUCAACUGGUGUGUUUGGUCACGGCUGGUGUCUGACACGCAAUAUUAUAGGCUUGUGCCGUUUCGACGUAUGGCUGCUUUCGAGGAGGGGACGAGCCUUGAUGUAGUUGUGACACAUUGGUGAAAGAAGGAUGACAACAAAACGAAAACAUGAUGGAACCACAGUAAUCUACAACAGAACAGUGACAGGGGGGAAUGAUGGAACCACAGUACCAGACAACAUAAAUAUAAAAGGAGGGGAUCAUGUGCAUCAUCAGACUAUGGCUGCUUUUGUUGAGGGUGGUAUGGGGAAUAUCACCACACACAACUACUUCAGUAAUCCCAAACUGGACAAUUUAGUCAGUGAUGCAAGGAACCUUAUCAAGCAGGCCGAUUCAAACAAACAUGUAUCUACACGUGCUGAAAGGUCUGCAUACAAUGAACUAAAACAGCAUGGAUCGGUCUUCAUAAAAGGAAAGUCAGGCUCAGGGAAAUCAACACUCGGUCGAAAGAUUUUAGCAAGAAUAUCAAGAGAAACGAGCCGGUUGCCAAUCGUGCUUUCAUCAAGGGAUGAAUGGAAUAUGAUUACUAAAGGAAAUCACAAGAACCUCGAAGGGAACAAAAGUGUUGAACAGACUAGGUAUGUGGUGUUAAUCGAUGAUAUAUUUGGAUCAAGUAAUCUAGUUGCAUCACAGGUGGAUGAGUGGGUAAAGUUGUUUGACCAAAUUUGUUCAAACGUCGAAUCAGGUCAUAUAUGGCUUGUCAUUACCUCCAGACCUGAAAUAUGCUCACAGUGUAAAGAAAAAAUAGGGAAGACCCAGCUCAUGAAAACUAUUCAGUGCAUGGUUCUAGGUGAAGGAAAAUAUGAUCUCACGCGGGAAGAAAAACUUCAAAUGGUAGAAAAGAUAUGUGGAGAUAAAUUCUCUUCAUAUAAUGAACGUGUUGAAAUUGUUGGACUGCCGGCUGUCCUGGGGUUUCCCCAGUGUUGUACGUUCUUUGCCAGAAGCAAGGAAGCACAAGCAAAGGGUGUGGAGUUCUUUGAAAAGCCCCGGGAAUUCGUCCUGGGGGAAAUUAAAAGAAUGCAUGAAAAUGAUGGCAUGGGUUACCUUGUGCUCCUUCUAAUUUUGAUGAAAGAUGGCCGCCUCAGCUCAGAUCUUCUGAAACGCAAUACAUAUAAAACAGAACUGAAGCCCUUGGCUGAAGACCUUAAAGAAUGUUGUGUAGCGCCUCUCAAAAUUACACCUGCACGCAUUGAGUCAAAGAUAAAGGCUUUCCUUGGAGUGUACUUAAUUCAAACAGGAAAGGAUUACCAGUUCCAACAUCAGUCUAUAUAUGACUUUGUAUUUAUCAAUAUUUCAAAUUCGCAACCUAAAAUUGCAAUAAGAAACUGUCCACCAAAGAUGCUGGUGGAAUUGAUAGACACACAGCCAAAGAACAAGAAUGAGGCAGUAGUUAUCCUACCCCCAGAAAGUUUCCAUGUGUUAGCUGACCGCAUCACGUAUCAUCUUCUGUCAGAAAGUUACAGUGUCAUACUUGAUCAUCCUUCUUUACGUCAUGAGGAAUUUGUGAAGGUUCUGACUAAAAAAUGUUGGAAAGAAAACACGUCAAAUGAAGUUAUACAGAAAAAACAUGAUACGAAAGAUGUCACUGUUUCCCUUCCCUUUUUUGGAAGAUAUGGAUUUUGUUAUAUUAAGUCACUUACCCUUUUGCAAUAUACUUCCCUUAUCUCUGAUGUCAUUUUACAGAAGUUGACAUUAAUCCUGAAUGACAUACUGUCUGAUGUGUUCAACCUUGUUGAUGCAAGCGAACUGCUGGCACCUGCUUUGUAUAUCCAGGAUAACCAGCUAGUGCGAAAGCUGCUAGAUAAGUGUAAGACACUUCCAUCUGAUUGCUUCCUAGCACUGUGUGUUUCACCGGCAAUUGAUCGAGAUAUCCAGGAACGUCUGACACAGAAUAUAACAGAGAUACCUCAGCCGCACGAUGUACUCCUUCUCACUGUGUUAGUUGGAAAUAAGUACUUAGUGGAAUAUAUACUACACCAUAUAAAAGGAGAUAAGAAUAUUGUGUCAUUGUGUCAGGACAUAUUAAAGUUUUCAGGAAGGAAGUGGUCAAGCAGUUUACCAAACACUUGUCAAGAUCCCACCACCAUGUGUGAAAUAUUACACAUGUUGAUUGCUUUCAUACCUGCCAACCGCCCUCUUCAAGGUAUCAGAGAUGAAGAUGGUAAUACACUCCUACAUCUGGCAGUUCAGACAGAAAACAUUCACUACACAAAAAUGUUCUUAGAUGAACAAAAUGUCCCACAUCUUCCAUUAGAUCCAACUUGCACACAAUGGGUGAAUAAAUUAGGAUGUAGUCCCUUACACCUGGCAGCAAUGGGUGGAAGUAGCGAGACAGUGAAACUACUCCUAGACAAGGGGGCUGAUGUAUCUACACAAGAUAAAGAUGGUAAGACUCCUCUACACCUGGCACUAGAGAGUGGAAGUAGCGACACAGUGCAACUACUCCUAGACAAGGGGGCUGAUGUAUCUACACAAGAUGAAUAUGGUAACACUCCUCUACAACUGGCAGCAGAGAGUGGAAGUAGUGAGACAGUGAAACUACUCCUAGACAAGGGGGCUGAUGUAUCUACACAAGCUAAAGAUGGUAACACUCCUCUACACCCGGCAGCAAGGAGUGGAAGUAGUGAGACAGUGAAACUACUCCUAGACAAGGGGGCUGAUGUAUCUACACAAGCUAAAGAUGGUAACACUCCUCUACACCUGGCAGCAGAGAGUGGAAGCAGUGAGACAGUGAAACUACUCCUAGACAAGGGGGCUGAUGUAUCUACACAAGAUAAAGAUGGUAAGACUCCUCUACACCUGGCAGCAAGGAGUGGAAGUAGUGAGACAGUGCAACUACUCCUAGACAAGGGGGCUGAUGUAUCUACACAAGCUAAAGAUGGUAACACUCCUCUACACCUGGCAGCACAGAGUGGAAGUAGUGAGACAGUGCAACUACUCCUAGACAAGGGGGCUGAUGUAUCUACACAGGAUAUAGAUGGUGUUACUCCUCUACACCUUGCAGCAGAUAGUGGAAGUAGUGAGACGGUGAAACUACUCCUAGACAAGGGGGCUGAUGUAUCUACACAAGCUAAAGAUGGUAACACUCCUCUACACCUGGCAGCACAGAGUGGAAGUAGUGAGACAGUGCAACUACUCCUAGACAAGGGAGCUGAUGUAUUUACACAAGAUCAAGAUGGUACCACUCCUCUGCACCUGGCAGCACCAAGAGGAAGUAGUGAGACAGUGAAACUACUCCUAGACAAGGGGGUUGAUGUAUCUACACAAAAUCAAGAUGGUAACACUCCUCUACACCUGGCAGCAUGGAGUGGAAGUAGUGAGACAGUGAAACUACUCCUAGACAAGGGGGUUGAUGUAUCUACACAAAAUCAAGAUGGUAACACUCCUCUACACCUGGCAGCAAGGAGUGGAAGUAGUGAGACAGUGCAACUACUCCUAGACAAGGGGACUGAUGUAUCUACACAAGAUAAAGAUGGUGAGACUCCUCUACACCUGGCAGCAUGGAGUGGAAGUAGUGAGACAGUGAAACUACUCCUAGACAAGGGAGCUGAUGUAUCUACACAAGAUAAAGAUGGUAACACUCCUCUACACCUGGCAGCAAGGAGUGGAAGUAGUGGGACAGUGCAACUACUCCUAGACAAGGGGGCUGAUGUAUCUACACAAGAUAAAGCUGUUCAGAUUCCUCUACACCUGGCAGCAAGGAGUGCAAGUAGUGAGACAGUGAAACUACUCGUAGACAAGGGGGCUGAUGUAUCUACACAAGAUAAAGAUGGUAACACUCCUCUACACCUGGCAACAAGGAGUGGAAGUAGUGAGACAGUGAAACUACUCCUAGACAAGGGGGCUGAUGUAUCUACACAAGAUAAAGAUGGUGAGACUCCUCUACACCUGGCAGCAUGGAGUGGAAGUAGUGAGACAGUGAAACUACUCCUAGACAAGGGAGCUGAUGUAUCUACACAAGCUAAAGAUGGUAACACUCCUCUACACCUGGCAGCAGAGCGUGGAAGCAGUGAGACAGUGAAACUACUCCUAGACAAGGGGGUUGAUGUAUCUACACAAGCUAAAGAUGGUAACACUCCUCUGCACCUGGCAGCAAGGAGUGGAAGUAGCGAGACAGUGAAACUACUCCUAGACAAGGGGGCUGAUGUAUCUACACACGAUAAAUAUGGUGCUUUUCCUCUACACCUGGCAGCAUGGAGUGGAAGUAGUGAGACAGUGAAACUACUUCUAGACAAGGGGGCUGAUGUAUUUACACAGGAUAAAGAUGGUAAGACUCCACUACACCUGGCAGCAAGGAGUGGAAGUAGUGAGACAGUGAAACUACUUCUAGACAAGGGGGCUGAUGUAUUUACACAGGAUAAAGAUGGUAAGACUCCUCUCCACCUGGCAAUAAAGAGUGGAAGUAGCGAGACAGUGAAACUACUCCUAGACAAGGGGGCUGAUGUAUCUACACAGGAUAAAGAUGGUAACACUCCUCUACACCUGGCAAUAAAGAGUGGAAGUAGUGAGACAGUGAAACUACUCCUAGACAAGGGGGCUGAUGUAUCUACACAGGAUAAAGAUGGUAAGACUCCUCUCCACCUGGCAAUAAAGAGUGGAAGUAGCGAGACAGUGAAACUACUCCGAGACAAGGGGGCUGAUGUAUCUACACAAGAUCAAGAUGGUAAGACUCCUCUACACUGGGCAGCACCAAGAGGAAGUAGUGAGACAGUGAAACUACUCCUAGACAAGGGAGCUGAUGUAUCUACACAAGAUCACGAUGGUAAGACUCCUCUACAGCUUGCAAUAAAGAGUGGAAGUAGUGAGACAGUGAAACUACUCCUAGACAAGGGGGCUGAUGUAUCUACACAAGAUCAAGAUGGUAAGACUCCUCUACACUGGGCAGCACCAAGAGGAAGUAGUGAGACAGUGAAACUACUCCUAGACAAGGGAGCUGAUGUAUCUACACAAGAUCACGAUGGUAAGACUCCUCUACAGCUUGCAAUAAAGAGUGGAAGUAGUGAGACAGUGAAACUACUCCUAGACAAGGGAGCUGAUGUAUCUACACAAGAUCACGAUGGUAAGACUCCUCUACAGCUUGCAAUAAAGAGUGGAAGUAGUGAGACAGUGAAACUACUUCUAGACAAGGGGGCUGAUGUAUCUACACAAGAUCAAGAUGGUAAGACUCCUCUACACUGGGCAGCACCAAGAGGAAGUAGUGAGACAGUGAAACUACUCCUAGACAAGGGGGCUGAUGUAUCUACACAAGAUAAAGAUGGUAAGACCCCUCUACACCUGGCAGCACCAAGAGGAAGUAGUGAGAGAGUGAAACUACUCCUAGACAAGAAGGCUGAUGCAUCUAAACAAGACAAAUAUGGUGCUACACCUCUCCACCUGGCAGCAGAGAGUGGAAAUAGUGAGACAGUGCAACUACUCCUAGACAAGGGGGCUGAUGUAUCUACACAAGAUGAAUAUGGGAAGACUCCUCUACACCUGGCAGCAUGGAGUGGAAGUAGUGAGACAAUGAAACUACUUCUAGACAAGGGGGCUGAUGUAUCUACACAAGAUAAAUAUGGUGCUACUCCUCUACACCUGGCAGUAGAGAGUGAAAGAAGUGAGACAGUGAAACUACUCCUAGACAAGAUGGCUGAUGUAUCUAUACAAGAUAAAUAUGGUGAUACUCCUCUACACCUGGCAGCAGAGAGUGGAAGUAGUGAGACAGUGAAACUUCUCCUAGACAAGAUGGCUGAUGUACAUACACAAGAUAAAUAAGAUGAUACCCCUCUACACCUGGCAGCAAAGAGUAGAAGUUGUGAGCCAGUGACACUACUCCUUGACCAUGGUGCCGAUGUGUCAACACAAGAAGUUAGGGCUGCUACUCCUGUACACCUGGCAGAAGAAAUUGGACGUAACGGGACGAAAAGCGAUUCCUAGAUAGGAAAUGAAAUUGUGCAACCAAAGACGAGAACAAAAGCAGAAUUAAAUGUUAAUUGCUUGCAACUCAAAUUUCAGGGCUUACCCACGAUGAGAGCGGGAUCGUACAGUUGUCAGUGACUAUCACAACAAGGAAAUUACUAACAAUCCACACUGUGCAGUGAAAGUUUCAGGAGGAUGGAAACGCAAAUCGGUUUGUCCUGUCAUAUGUCAAAUCUGACAUAAUGUCAUUUAUCAGAAGAUGUGAUUUUCAACUAUAAAAGGGAGAAAGGUAAACCGCUUAGUAAGAUCUCCUUACAAAAACAAUGGUAGAGGUACACUACAUUUCAUAAGUAACUUCCCCUAUUUUUGCGAAAUUUUCUCGCCACUUUUGCAGCACUAACGCCGAGUUAUCGUGCCACUUUUGAGACAUAAACGCAAAACUAUUGGGCCCCUUUCGAGACACUUUCGCGACACUUUCACGGCACUAUCGCAGCACUAUGCCGCAGCUUUCACGCCAAUUUAUAGCUUAUGGUGUUCUUAUGAUAUAACAAGACAAUUGGAUUUAUCUGAUAACACACUCACAAGUAUGCAGACCCUUUCUUACUUUCCUGAACUCAAAACAUUCGAGCUCAAAUUAAUCAAUUGAAUCGUUUAAAAAUAUCAAACGAUGCAUGGGACCAGUAUCGCCAAUAUCUUCUCUGUCGAGGGAAUAUUUACCAGAAACAAUGUCAAAAGAAAACCAAAUCCCUCCAUUGCGAAAAGCGUUUUUGUAAAAAGAUAACCAAUUAAGCGUGUUGAUUGGUAAAACAAUAGAGGAUUAUAAGUCUCACAGGUAAGUGAGUGACGCGAUGGGGAGCUCAGGACCCCACAGGAUCCCAAACAACCAACCACGUCGAAGGCUGGCAUUCUAAUAAUAGUAAGCGGAGCCCAAGCCAGACAAAUAUUUAUAGACAGAUCAAAAUGCAACAGAAACCCUGGUCAUGCAGCUGUAUGCAGGAGGUCGCCUGACACCUAAAAAGGAAAUGGGGUGCCGGAUAACUCCCUGCAGACCACCCAACGCCUGCUAAGGGUGGCCAGACAACCAUUCAGCAAUAUCAUGACACUGUGUCAAAUUAUGUUUGCUUGUAAAUGUGCUUAUUUAGAAACAACAACAUAUGUACAUUUGUAGUGUCAUAUUCUAUAUAAUCACAAAUAAUAUUGUUUGUCAUUCCCUUGGGUGCUAUUAUGAAUUAUUAUUUUUCUUGAUUGAGAAAUUUUGAAUAAAUGUAACUGCCUUAUAGAGCAUAAAACCCUAUGUUACAUGUAUUUUGAACAGGUCCCAAAUGGUAGGUUCUUUAAACACGAAAGUGCUAUAAGCGUACGCAUUGACAACAAAUGAACACAUGUGAACCGACUGUCGCCGCUCAUUCAUCGUCAUGUAUUUCAUGAAGUAAUUAGGGUAUUGUCAUCAAAGCUUCUAGCCCGUCUGUAAGGGAGGCUACAUCGUUGCCGAUUACACAAGCUUUGCUUUGAUUUGUUUAUCGAGACGAAGCAAAGUACGUUAGGGGUGUAUUUAUGCCUCACUGUUAAACGAAAUGAAAACCGAAGUCACUCGAUUGGUUUAAGUAAGACAAUGACAACAUUCUCAAAGACGAACAAAUGUAAUAUCAGAAAUAUUAUUUAUGCUGUUUUACAUGUUUAUCUUAAAACCUACCUUGAUUUUUCAAUUACAUAAGGGCGACAUGAGGGUCACACUUUACAGACAGGCGAUAGUCAAUUUACGUCAGACCUCUAUACAACGUUAACAUAAGCUCCUAUUAAAUCCGGGGUGCAUUCAAAUGUUAUUGUCUUAUCAGCAGCAUAUUGGGUGAAUUAUAACUAUCUGAUCUGAACAUGUCGGAUGCUAAACGUAAGUUAGGGACAUAUUCUAGAAUAUUUAAGACUUUAAAAAUGAUGAUUUAGUUGAUUCAUUUUGAUAAUAAAUUUUAAUAAUAUGAAUACAAUUAAUUAGAGAACCUCCUGACUAGUGAAUGUAUUACCGACCCAGUAUAAAGACGAUGAUCCACAUACGAUACUGGAUUAUACAACAUACUCCAGAAUCCUCUUUGCGGCACUGAAAAAUAAAAAAAGCCCUUCCGAUAAAAGCGAUUUAAACGAACAUAUGUCUUACAGAUUUAUUCAUGAUGAUCCAGUGGCUAUCUUAACGAAGACAGUUUUCAAUGUUAAAGUUUGAGUUAUUGUGAUAUUAGAUAAACAUCCCAGUGGUCAUUUUCAUCAAGACGCUAUCAAGACCGUGUUGUUUGGAAAUACUUAUCUACAAGGUGAUAUCAAUGUUAUUUAAUAUUACCCUCACGGAACAUUCUGUAAAAUGUUACAUUUCUUAUUGUUAUUUCGUACGGGAGAGAUCUUUUACAAGUGUAUGUCUGUUGACCGAUCCCAUUUCCUUUUUAA